AUGCCUUACCAACCUCCUGCGCCAAUGCCAGCUCCUCCUGCGCCAAUGCCAGCUCCACCUGUGCCAAUGCCAAGUCCACCUAGUGGGGGAGGCUACAUGGCACCCGCUCCACCAUCUGGAGGAUAUUCUCAAACUGGUGGUGGAUAUCAACGACGGCACUUCAACAGUGCGAAAUCGAUGCGUAGUAUGGUAGCCAAGAGAAAAGUGAUGAGAAAGGCCUAA